AUGGCUGUCCGGGUUCCGGAUCUUGUGGCCCUCGUCCAAAACAACAUAAUUCCACCGCACAGGCAACAGGUACUUGGCGUAGAUCCGCACACCAACGUACGUGGUGAUGAUCACGUGACCGGACCGGAGCACAGAGUUCACCAACUCUUUAGCGCGCGAGUCUGUGGGCAAGGACGCUGUGUCGACGUCAUCAUCAUCGUCGUCAGAGAAGUCCUCGGUGCGUUUGCCGGUCAUUCCCGUGCCGAUCGAGUGCAGAAUGAUCACCCUAAAAGCGGGCCACCACCGGUGAAACUCCUUGCACCACUGGCUCAGAACAGUAGCAGGACACACAACCAGCACUGGUUUGGUGAGUUUGCCGCUGUAGUGGAGUCCUGCAAGGAAAGAAAUCACCUGGAUGGUUUUUCCGAGUCCCAUCUCGUCGCCAAUGAUUCCCCCUGUCUUUUGCGAGUACAGCUCCCAUAG